CCUCGACACUGCACUUCAGCCAGGAGAUUUGGAGUCAAGGAAGGUUUCUGAAAUCACUGGAGACUGCCUGAGAACAGACCGUGUGAGCCCUUGAUCUGAUACUUCCUCCUGAGGAAAGACAGGCAUCAUGAAACAGAGAUUCAUUUCAUCAGUUCAAAUAAUUUUGCAGCUUGCUCUGACUACAGUAGGUCUGACUGGUCAGUCGUACCCUGGAAAACCUCAGAUAAUAAGAUGUCGUUCUCUAGAAAAGGAAACCUUUUCGUGUUGGUGGAAGCCUGGCUCAGAUGGAGGACUUCCAAACAAUUACACCCUGUUCUACAGCAAGGACAGUGAAGAAAAAAUCUAUGAAUGUCCAGACUACCUAACAUCAGGUCCAAAUUCCUGCUACUUCAAUAAAAACCACACUAAUCCCUGGACAACCUAUAUUAUCACUGUAAUGGCAACAAAUGAGAUUGGAAGUAACAGCUCAGAUCCUCAGCAUGUGGAUGUAACUUCCAUAGUUCAGCCAGAUGCUCCAGUGAAUCUCUCUCUAGUAGCAAACACAUCUGCCAACAUGUCAUGCAUUUGGGCAAGAUGGUCUCCACCCCCAUUAGCUGAUACCAGCUUUAAUUCACAUGUAUAUCACUAUGAGCUUCGACUAAAGCCUGAGGAAAAGGAAGAGUGGGAGACAGUAUCUGUAGGAAUGCAGACACACUACGAGAUGACCAGCCUACAAGCUGGGGUGAAGUACAUCGUUCAGGUGCGUUGCAUCUUAGACCUUGGAGAAUGGAGCGAGUGGAGCACAGAAAGAAGCAUUCAGAUCCCUAAAGAACGGUUACCUCCUGAAAAGCCUACAAUAAUAAAGUGCCGUUCUCCUGAAAAAGAAACAUUUACUUGCUGGUGGAAACCUGCUUCAGAUGGAGGACUCUUGACCAACCACACAUUGCUUUACAGCAAAGAGGGAGAAGAAAAAAUUUAUGAAUGUCCAGAUUACAAAACUGCAGGCCCCAAUUCGUGCUACUUCGAUAAAAAGCACACCUCUUUCUGGACCAUAUACAAUAUUACUGUGAGGGCAACUAAUGAAAUGGGAAGUAAUGUCUCUGAUCCUCAUUAUGUGGAUGUGACUUACAUAGUACAGCCAGAUCCUCCUGUGAAUAUAACUCUGGAAUUAAAAAAGUCAAUAAAGAGAAAACCAUAUCUGGUCCUGACAUGGUCUCCACCCCCACUAGCUGAUGUUAGAUCUGGAUGGCUUACCCUUGAAUAUGAAUUGCGACUAAAGCCUGAAGAGGGAGAGGAAUGGGAGACUAUUUUUGUUGGACAACAAACACAAUAUAAAAUGUUUAGUUUAAAUCCUGGAAAGAGGUACAUUGUACAGAUUCACUGCAAACCAGAUCACCAUGGACUUUGGAGUGAGUGGAGCCCAGAAAUGUAUAUUGAGAUCCCUACUGACUUCAGAGUAAAAGAUAUGGUUGUGUGGAUCGUCGUUGGUGUCCUGUCAUCUCUUAUAUGUUUAACUAUGAGCUGGAUAAUGAUUAUGAAAGGGUACAGAAUGAUGGCCUUUAUCCUGCCACCAGUUCCAGGACCAAAGAUAAAAGGCAUAGAUACACAUCUGCUAGAGACAGGAAAAUCUGAAGAAUUACUGAGUGCUCUUGGUUGCCAUGGUUUCCCUCCAACAUCAGACUGUGAGGAACUACUGAUAGAAUAUCUGGAGGUGGAGGACAGUGAGGAUCAGCAGCUCAUGCCAAGUCAUGACACUCAUUGUAAAAAUACAAAAAUUAUACUCAAGGAAACAGACAGUGACUCAGGCCGAGGGAGCUGUGAUAGCCCUUCUCUCCUCCCUGUGAAGUGCAGGGAAUCCCGCAGCCUUCCAUCUGCUCUUCAAACACAAGAUGUAAGAGCUAAAGAAAAAAAAGGAGGAAAAGGGAGCUGGGAAACUCAGUGUACGGCCUCAGAACAGAAAACGCUCCCUUGUAACAGUGAGAGUAAAAAGUCAUGCACGUGGCUGGCAGCUCAGUUACCCAGUAAUCAGGCUGCUAUGUUUGCCUACCACAGCACUGUGGAGGCAUUCAGGAUAACCCUGAACACCACAAAUGUGAACACUUCACCAGUUUUUGUGGGAAAUGAAGAAAAUCGUCAGUCGCUGUAUCCUAUUGCUGAAACUGUGUAUGAUGACGUGGAAAAGAUAAACGAGAUGGAAUAUUCCAAAACUGACCAAACCAUAGUGCAGGUCAGACAAAACCAACAAAAUGACAAGUCACCUUUCCUGAAUCCUAAACUAAUGGACUAUGUAGAAGUUCAUAAAGUCAGACAAGAUGAGGAACCAACACUAUUACUGAAACAUAAAGAAAAUAGUGGAAAGACCAAAAAAUGCACUGUUCCAGGAACCAGCAAAGAAUAUACCAAGGUCUCAACAGUUAUGGAUCAUCACAUUUUAGUAUUAUUGCCAGAUCAGCGCACCCAAAACACACCUGUGUCUCAAGAACCUGUAGCAGAAACAUCUCAGAACCCUCAGCAAAGUCAAGCUGAGAAGAAUACAAGCUACAGCACAACAGCUCCAAGUGACUCCACAAGAGACACCAGUGGAUCAGACUACAUGGACCCAUCUUCCUUUAUGCCCUCCUUCAAAUAACCUAUUAGUACAGCACAUACUUAGUGGUUACACACAGCAAAAGAAACUCACAUAGCAAACAGCUCUUUUAAAAAGCCUAGUCUUCAAAAGCCUAACCGCCUGUGUGCAUUGUUCAGGUAAUAAAAUAAUCUGUGAGUUGAGGUUAGUCAUGGGCGUCAGUUCUGGAUCAUUAGCACACAUUUCUGACACGGUGAAAUGAGGAAAUGGAUCUUGUCUGUCAUGGAAAAUGCACUGUAAAAUAAUUAUUCAGUUCUGCAAAAAUUCUGUUGGUCGAUGAAGCCUGAGAAGGUAGCACAGAUUCA